AUGCGCGCCUUCUCCACUUUAAUCAUUGCUGCUGCUCUUGCUCUCUCUGCCAAUGCUGCUGCCCUCGACAAGAGAGCCGUCUCUGCUCCUGUUCAGCUCUGUAUUGAUGAUAUCAAUUCUGUUGCUGCUCAACUUGCCAUUGUCAAGACUGAUGUCGAUAACUUCACUAGAUCUGCUGGUUACUCUGGUGCUUUGGCUGUUCACAACAAGGAGCAAGUUCUUGAGACUCGCCUCAAGAAGGCCGGUACUGACUGCUGUGCAGUUGCUGGUACCGUCACUGCCGAAGAAGCUGAUGCUGUUAUUGCCACUGUCAACACUCUUGUUCCUCAAGUUACUGCUGCCUUGUCUUCCAUUGUCACCAAGAAGCCCGAGUUUGAUGCCAUUCUUUUGGCUACUGCCUUGGUCAAGAGCGACAUCAAGAACUUGGAUACUCAAACCAAGACAUUGGACACUUGCCUCAUCGCCAAGACUCCUGCUUCUCACUUGACUGCUGCCAAUGCUUUGGUCGCUCAAAUCAACACCUCCUUUGCCUCCGCCAAGACCGCUUAUGGUAUCUAA